UGAUGCACUAAACAAUUGAGUUGUCUGAUAAUAAUGUCUUACAAUCCGACCUUCUAGAACAAAGAUGAUAAGCAGUAGAAGAAUCUUUGUCUACGCAUGCUCUAAUCACGUGGUUUCUAUACCGUAAAAUAUUUGAUCAGCAUUGUUGCAGCGACCUCGCAUGCGAAUUCGCAACAAUGCACGAUCAAUUAAAUAGUGGUAGAAGAACAAAUGCUGCGUUUAUAUUCUUGGUGCUAUUGGUGAUUCAAUGUGAGUUAACACGUGGUGCAGUCCGACAUGGCCGUAGUUCACAUCCGGGUAAAGAAGGAAGAAAAGAUAAGCACUGGGCUGAUAUUGAUAUAAACGAAGCUCAUCGCCAUGGAUUUACGCCUGCGCCUCGAUCAGAUGAACCGCAUCGGGAUGUGUGUGAAGAGGAUGCGAAGUGUGUACUUCCGGUGCAGUGUCCUGCACAUGUGUAUGGAGCAGCCAAAGAUCGGUGCACUUCUUUAGGUGGACGGAAAGGAGUUUGUUGUACAACUGGGCACAAUCACACUGAAAAUCUAGCUAAGAAGGGCAGGCAUCAUCACAACAUCAUCAAUGACAUUGAUCCUGAUAUGUUGGAAGAUGUUGCACGACACAGUAGAGUAGACAUUGCUGAAAUGCACAUGCAUGAAGCACGUAUUCUAUCAUCGGAGCGCUCCGCCAUUUUGCCGAUGGGUUCGGCCAGUUACGGUCACUUCCGGAACACAAAGGUUUACAGCAUGACUGAUUUAAUGGAUGUUAUGAAUGUUGCCAAUCGUGCGAUGGAAAUUGCCUUAGCUACAAGAGCAUUUAAAGAAAGGCAAGGAAUUACUAAUCAACAACUGAAAUGGGGCAUGGUUCAACAAGACCUUCGUCCAACUCCUUUAGGAUCUGCAUGUUCUCCAACUAUUGAAUGCCCUAGUGUUCCAGAACGUUACAGACGUAUUGAUGGCACAUGCAACAAUCUUUUCAACCCAACAUGGGGUGCGCCACUUACCCCAUACGCUAGACUUUUACCACCAAGUUAUCAAGAUGGAAUCUGGUCACCUAGGGUCUCUGAAGAUAAAGGCCAACCUUUAAAAUCUCCUAGAUUGAUUUCUACUACUCUCUUUCCGGAUGCAGACUCAACUAACAAAGAUUACACCCUUAUGCUGAUGCAGUUCGGGCAGUUCCUCUCACAUGACAUAACUCAAUCAAUAGAUUCAAGCUUUGCAAACGGCAGCGCCAUCUCGUGUUGUAUGGCUGAUGGCUCCAAAGAGAUGCCGUACGAAAUGAGACACUUUGCUUGCAUGCCCAUUAAAAUCCCGAACAAAGAUUCUUUCUACUCUGUGUUUAAACAGCGUUGCAUGAAUUUUGUACGCAGUGUAAUGGCGCCCAGAAGCGAUUGCACUUUGGGUUAUGCACAACAAAUGAAUAAAAUCACUCACUUUUUGGACGCUUCUUCAGUUUAUGGGUCUACGCCGGAAACUACUUCAGAGUUGAGAAGUUUCCAUCAUGGUAAACUUAAUAUCUUCAAAGAUUUUGGAAGGGAGUUGUUACCAUUAUCCAAGGAACCUGAUUCUUGUUUGACCCAAGAGCAGGGAUCAGCUUGUUUUGAAUCAGGUGACACUCGAACCAAUCAAAUGAUCAGCUUGGUAGCAGUUCAUUUGAUAUUCCUGAGAGAACACAACCGCCUCGCUAAUGCCCUCUAUAAGAUCAACCCACAUUGGAGUGACGAGAGGAUAUUCUUGGAAGCACGUCGGAUUCUAACAGCAGAAAUGCAAGUCGUCACUUAUAAGGAAUUCCUACCGGCUCUUCUGGGAGAAGGGGCAAUGCAUGAAUUUGACAUUGCUCUGCAAAUGGGUCAUGAAUAUUCAUACGACUACAAUCAAAGAAUAGAGCCUUCUGUGACGAAUGAAUUUGCUACAGCAGCGUUCAGAAUGGGUCAUUCCAUGGUCGAAGGAUUACUAAAAAUUUAUGGAAUGGAUAAAAUGGAUGAGAUGAUUUCCAUCCCUGAAACCAUGUUCUACCCUGGUAGAAUGAGAAAACACUUCUUUUACGAUCAGAUUUUGAGCACUUUAACCACUGAACCCAUUCAACACGUUGAUAACUAUAUAUCUGAAGCCUUAACGAGGUAUAUGUUCAGAGCUGGUAAUCCUUUCGGAGUAGACUUAGCAUCAUUAAAUAUCCAACGUGGGCGUGAUCAUGGUCUACGUUCCUAUAAUGAUUAUCGUCAACUCGUAGGACUUCAAGAUAUAAAUUUCAAAGAGUUUGGACCUGAUAUGGGUCCCAAAUUAGAAUCUGUUUAUGAUCAUAUCGAUGACGUUGAUUUAUGGGUGGGUGGCCUAAUCGAACCUAAACAUGACGGCGGAAUUCUUGGAAAUACCUUUAGAGACAUCAUCGCCGAUCAGUUUGUCCGCCUGAAGAAAGGUGACAAGUACUUCUUCGACCAUGAUCCCAGUGUCAAUCCAAGUUAUUUCACUCCUCAACAAUUGGUCGAACUUCGUAGAGCUUCAAUGGCACGUCUCGUGUGUGAUAACAGUGAUGGUUUCCUGCUUGCUAAGCAAGCACCAAAUGCUUUCCGUACACCGGGUGUACCAGGCAAUGAUUACGCUGAUUGCCAAGGUCCAGUUAUUCCUAAAUUGGAUUUAAGUCAUUGGCAAGAGUAUUUUUGAACGUUGAAAGGUUAUAAGAUUUAACGAAUUGCUGAAAUGCUUUUAACGUGUUGUUAAUGUUUGUUAAAAUUUUAUUUAUAUAUAUUUCAGGAAUCUAGUACAGUUUAAAUAUAUUAUGAUACAUUUUGAA